AUGCAGCUCUCUCUAUCAAUUGCUACCAUCCUCGCGAUCAACAGCCAGGCAUUUGGUGCUAGUCUGUUCGGCCUCUAUCGCAUCCAACAAAAGUUCAAUGGCGAGGAUUUGGUCUUAACUGGACAAGGAAACAAUACUACCCCGACCUUCGAAGCUCCUGUUGGGAAAGGAAGCCAAAUCUGGAAGUUCAAAGAUCUGGGAGGCAAUACCACGCAGAUCCAAAGUGAAUCUACCGAGCAAUACCUGAAUUGUGGAUCGGGUUCUUGCCUGGAGUCGCCCACUGCUCAAACCUUCUACCUGGAAGAUCAGGGUCCCUACCAGUACACAUUCCUCGACCUUGCUCAUGAUCGGAAGCUGCGCUCGACGGAAGGGAAGGGAAUCACGACUGUCGAUGCAAAGAAAAAGAGCGAUGACGACAUAUUCGAGGUCAUUCGAGUAGAGUUCUGUGAGUAA